AAGAAGUUUACAAACAGCUAGAAGGUCAAGGAAGAAAGACCCAAUAAGUCUUUUAUUUACACAAUUGGAAUUAGGAUUAAUACCUAAUAAGAUAAUGGUGUUUACUCACAACGAAUGAAAAGAUUUGAAUUUUGUUCAAUGUCUAAAGUGUACUCGUGCAGUUAACAAAAUUUGUGAUAAUGUCUACAUUUUCGUAUGAAGAGUAUGCAUAUAUGCUUGUUAUGUUUUUAACACGCGAAAGACCUGGAAACGAAGUACAAACCAGCUAUUUGCGCAAUUAUGUCUAUGAAAUAUUGGGAAAUGGAAGUGCAAGAGGACAUAUUUUCCAUGGUCAUGCCUUUAAUAAAGCAGAGCAUUGAAGAGUUAUCUCCGACGAUGGAUUUAUGGAGUUCCUGCUUUUCAAGAAUAUUUCAUAACCGUGACCCAAACACAAUGGAAAAAUUAUACAAUUAUUUAAGUGAUUGGACUCUGCAUGAUGUUACCUUUUCUACAGUGCUGCAAAGAAAAACCCAUUUUUUGUGCCAAUCCAUGUUAUCCAAUCAUUGGAAGCUUGCAGAAUUGAACAAACAUAUUUUAACAAAAGUAACUCCGUUCUUAGAUAACCCUUAUCAAUCCUUUCGUGAGGCGAUUGCUAAAUUAUUGUAUAUCAUAUUUCUACCUGAUGUAGAAUUUAACAAUGUCCAUUCGACAAGAUCGCCUCAUGCUGCUCAAUUUUUUAAUGAUGUCCUCCUACCAAGAUUGAAAUUCUUAAAUUCACCGAAACAAAAUAUUGAUGAUGAAGAAUACAAGAAGAAUAAACUUCUCCUUAAGACAGUUUGCUGUUGGUUAAACAUGGCAUCCUUGUGUCAGAGAAUUUGGCCUGAGGCAUACCAAUUGGUCGGCAUUUUGUGCCAAACAAGACGGAACGAUUUGAACUCUGAAACAUCUGUAUUGUGUACAAAAUCUUUGAACUUUUUGGCAAAGAACGUACACACCAAGUCGCAUUUUCUAAAGACAUUUGAUUAUAUAUACUUUGUUUUUACAAAUGAUAAUUUGAGCAGCAAUGCGAAGAUUUCUCUCCUUCAGUUUACCCAGGUGUUUGUAUUUCACAACAUUCCAUACUUAUUCUCCGAUAAUAACAGAAUUUCUAAGAUAAGUGACGUUAUUGUGAACUUUCUGUUCGAUUUGGAUGUUGAUGUGAAGCAUGCAACUAGAGCAGUUUUAAGAGAUUUCUUGAGAUGUAAUAUGUCUGAUGUCCAAGUGCUUAUUGACCGCUUUACCCAAGGAUGCUCCAAACCGGUCAUUAGCAAUAAAAAAGAAAGCAUUUCAACAAUACAGGGCAAUAUUCUAGGACUUCUAGCUGUAAUCGACGCCAGUCCAUAUGAAAUUCCGGAUUACAUAGUUAAUAUAUUGGAAACGUUGUCUCAACAUUUGAUGGAUCCUCAUCCCAUACCUAAUUGGAUAGCUACGGCAGUUGACAACUUUAGACACACGCAACCUAACAAACUUUUACUGAUAGAGAAGGUGCCGAGUGAUCUUCUCCAAUUAUUAUCUGGUUCAAAACUGACAUAUUAUUCAUAAUUCAGAUAUUUCAAUUACAAGAAAUAUUAAUAAUAACUUAAAUAAUGGUGUAUGUUUUUACUUACUAAGAUUGUAAUCUUGUUUAAAUAAAUUCAAAUUUUACUAUGGUCAAA